AUGAAGUCUUCGCUUUGCGCAGCGUUGCUGGCCUCGGUGGCUGGAGUUUCGGCUACACGUCCACAGGUCGUGCCCUCUCCUGCCCAACCCCGGCUGUCGGUUCCAAACCCACCAGUCAGGACCAAGGACUGCGUCGUCCAAACAAAUGGCGACGGGUCCGACGAUUCGGAACACAUCCUGUCUGCCUUCAACGAAUGCAACAAUGGCGGCCAUGUUGUGUUCAGCGAGAACGCCACUUACACCAUCGGCACUGCCAUGGACUGGACCUUCCUCAAGUCUAUCGACAUCGAUAUCCGGGGCAAGAUCAAGUUCACCGACGACACCGACUACUGGCAGGCCAACUCCUUCAAGUUCGGCUUCCAAAACGUCACUACCUUCUUCAAGCUGGGUGGAGAUGAUGUCUUCAUUUACGGAGGCGGUACCCUUGAUGGCAACGGUCAGGCUUGGUACGAUCUUUACGCCGCGGACAGUUACAUCUUGCGACCUGUCCUCAUUGGAAUCGACGGUCUUCACAACAGUAUUUUGAGCGACCUUGUGCUGAGGUACUCGCCACAAUACUACACAUUCAUGGCCAACUCUACAAAUGUUGUGUUCAACAACUUUGACAUCUCUGGAUAUUCAUCGAGCUCCAAUGUGGCCAAGAACACGGAUGGCUGGGAUACAUACAGGUCUUCCGAUAUCACGAUCAUGAACUCGGUGAUCAACAACGGUGAUGACUGUGUCUCCUUCAAGCCCAACUCAACCAACAUUCUUGUGGAAUCGCUCUGGUGCAACGGCUCCCACGGCAUCAGCGUCGGCUCCCUGGGCCAGUACCCCGGAGAGUUUGACAUUGUGGAGCACGUCUACGUGACCAACAUCUCGAUGCACAAUGCCUCGGACGGUGCCCGGAUCAAGGUCUGGCCCAACGUCGCCUCCGCGUUGUCAGGGGAUCUGCAGGGAGGCGGUGGCAGCGGCCGCGUGGACAAUAUCACUUAUGAUGGCAUGACCAUCGACAACGUGGAUUACGCCAUUGAGAUCACUCAGUGCUACGGCCAGAAGAACCUCACCCUAUGCUUGGAGUACCCCUCGCCUCUGACCAUCGAGAACAUCUACUUCCGUAACUUCAAAGGCACGACCAGCAAGAAGUACUCGCCCGACAUUGGCCUCUUUGCCUGCUCGAGCAAGGAAGUCUGCGGGAACAUCUAUGCUGAGAACAUUGAUGUGCUGAGUCCCGCAGGCGUUGACGAUGCUUCCUGCCUGAACGUCAACGAGACUGUGUUGGAUGUCACCUGCCAGUCAAUGCUCUAG